AUAGGGUGUUUGUGGCUGAUUUCACAACAGACAGACAGAAGUUGUGUGGUCUGUCUGAAAAUAAUUUUUGUUCUCUACCUAGAAAUGUAUUUAUCUUUUAAUUUUCGAUUCAAUCGUUAUGUAUAAUCGUGAGCUUUUCCUUCCAUUAGUCGCGUACGCCUAGUGUUUAAGUUCCCAGAAGCCUACGAGUAGUUAAAAAUGCCUUAUGUGGAUCAAUAGUGCUGAGCAAAUAAUAAAAUUAGUCAUUUUCCUUGCUCAAUAAGUGAUUGUGUACCUUUCCUACAAGGUUGUUAUAUUGUUUGCCAUAAUUAUUGCAACGGGUAUUUGACUUUGCCUUAAACAUAAUUAAGUAAUGAAUUCGAACAACCACAAUCAAGCACGCAAAAACUCUAAUAGCUUUAAUAGACAUGCUAAUAAUCACUCAAACAGGUCUAAUCACCCCCAUAAUCAUCAGAGAUGGCCAAAUAGAUACAACAAAGAUUACAAUAGAGAAUAUGAACCUAAUUUUAAUAGAGGUGAAUGUUCCGUAGCACCUAAUAGCCCCAAAGAAACCGGUUAUGGUCAUGGUUAUCCAAAGAAUACCCAACUCAGCCCUUCUUCUAGAAAUAAUCAUCUACAUUACUCUGGUGAAGGUCUAGGACAUCAACAUCAAGACAGACGACACAACCUACUUCCAAAUCCUCCCGAAAGAAGGCUCAACAUUCAAGGGAAUUUCCACAAUGUCAAUGACAGAAGGCUCAUGCCAGGUUUAGCUGAUAGACGCCACAUUUCUCCGCCAUUGCACAUCAACAUUUGUGACAAUAAUACAGGACCAUCUGAGAAUAUUCAUCCAAGAGGUAUGAUGGAUUUCUCACAAAGAAGGUCACCCAGAGAUGUUAUUGUGUCUCCAGUUCAUUUCCAGCAACAGUCGCCUCAGUACUACAGACAAGCCAGUGAUGAUGGUAUCAAAAGCGAGAGCCCUUCGCGUAAGCGCAGACGUUUGUCCCGAUCAGGGCAUCAUUUAGAUUUACAAGUCGUAGGUCCCCCUUCACCUCCAAGAAGGUCACCCAGGCAACACCCACCGUCCACAUCACACCAUCAAAUGCAGGGUAGCCCACCAUUAAGGAGGCCUCGCUAUAAUCGGGAUAGAAAUGAUUUUACCCACAAUCAUCAUCAGCAGUUUAUUCCAAGUCCGCCACCUGUAACUCAUCCGCAUCCACAUCAAAAUGCUGUUAUGGUUGAUCUUAAUCAGGUGCCUGUGACUAUUCCAAUAAACCACCACCACCAUCAUCACCACCAUGAUGGACCAACUGCUGCAGUUUGGGGUUACACACCCGGUGCACCGCAUAUUUCUUUAUGUGCCGCUCCACCUGGAGCUCCUCCACAUCUGCACUCGUGCCAUGUCCAUGGCCACAUGUACAGUGCUCCUUUGGUUCCUCCAGUACCACCUCUAGCAGGAUGUUUAGCUCCGCCACCUUUUGCGGCUGCUCCAGCUCCAGUCGCUGUACCUGGUCAUCACCAGCACUAUGGCUUGGGAUCACGUCCAGAGCUGACGGAUCUUGAAUUGUUGCAACGUGGUGACGCCCAUCAAGCUCAUUUGACGCCCCAUCCUUCUUUACAUGUGCCCCAAAUUCAUCAAGUACCUGCGUCGGCAGCUUCUCUUUUCUUAUCUGAAGCUCGUGGAGGUCCAUUAGAAUUAUUACGUCAACGUGGACCGCCCCAUCAUUCUGCUAGACUAGCACCACCCCGUGCUCAUCGCUGGCAUCAUAAUCCUAUUAUGACUCCAGCACGUUAUCCCUUCCUGCUUCAUUUCCUAGCUAUGUUCUCAAAUCCGCCUAUGUCGCCGUUUAGCCAGACUGAUCUGAGCAGUUCCGAUACGACUGAGACUGAGAAUUACGAAGCUUUAUUGAAUUUGGCAGAACAAUUGGGUGAAGCUAAACCCAGAGGUUUGGCUAAACUAGAAAUCGAACAGCUGGUCAGUUACAAAUACAACUCUGAAACGCACGAGGGCGAUCAAACCUCUUGUGUGGUAUGCAUGUGCGAUUUUGAAGCUAGGCAAAUGCUCCGUGUGCUUCCAUGUUCGCACGAGUUUCAUGCUAAGUGCAUUGAUAAAUGGCUCAGGUCUAACCGAACAUGCCCUAUUUGCCGAGGCAACGCUUCGGACUACUUCACCAAUAGUGAAUGAGAAUGACUACCGCUUUCAAGCCCAAAAUUGCACUAGAUAGUAGUCGUCAUUCCCCCCCCCCCUCCAUUCCCAAUUAAAUGUACAAGUAAGAAAUGUGGAAAUAUUCUUGAGGUGCCAUUAGUUGCCACUGUUGCCAGUAAAUGUAGAUUAAUCAGUUAUUAUUAUUAUUUGCAAAGAAAUCAAUACAUAAUGUUUGUUGUGUUUGGUAUUUUUUUCUUCUGUGUUUAGCUAAUAUCUUGGCGAUUUGUAUUGGACACCUUGGGGAAUUGUCCAUCUCAUUUUUAGUGGUAAAUAGUUUUCUAUUUGGCAUCUUUGAUAAAGGCCAAUUUUAAGUUACUUAUGUCUGUAUUUUUGUUAGUUUUUGGCAUUUGUUAUGAUAGGCUUACAGGCAUUCAAAAUCUUAUUUGAUAUAUAUUUUUCAUGUAGUUUUUCAAUAUUCGAGCACAAAAAAAAAAAAUGCUUCACAUCUAUUCCCCCAUACAAAUCGUAAUAACAGCUCUUUCAUUUGUUUGUAUAAGUGUAAAACAUGCUUUAAAGGCCUCCGCAAUAAAUGUCUUAGAAUUGUAUACUCUUGUCUCUGUCUUUCAAAAAGCAAUUGUUGCAUAGAUUUUGUGUGGUAGUAGAGAUAGUAGAUUGUACUGUACUGAUUAAAACUACCUAAUUAAUAAUUAUGCUCAAGUGUGUCGGUUUCUUAGUUCUAGUUCUUGUCUGUGCUUGAUUUACAAAAACUCAAACUGCCAAAGCAGCAUUUUUUUCCCCUCAUCAGCUUAUUCAAAUUUUAUCAAACAAAAUUUAUGUAUUUCUCAAAAAAUUAAAUGUGUAAAAAAAUAUAGAUUGAUGUAAAAAACUCUUAAAAUUGUAGAAAAUUAAAAAUAGAUUAUACACAAAAUACCAGUAAUUGUAGGUUUUAAAUUAACACGCCACAAAUACCAAUAUCAAUUGCUUUUGAAAACAGAUAUGCCUUACUUACACACCAAAACCAAAAAAAGAAAGAAAAAAAAAAACAUUCAACUCUAUGUAUGUAAAAUUUGCAUGUUUACUAUUGAGUUUUGGAUUUGUGUGUAUCUGUGUUUUUAUAUUUGCUUCAUGAGUUAACUACCUCUUAACAUGUUUGAAAGUCUGCAAAUCAAAUAAUGUGUAGCCAAGGUUCCCUCGGAAUUGUUCUUAGAUAGCCAUUUUAGAAAACUGAUUCUUCUUUGUCAGUUCAUUGGAUUUUCUUCUUUAGUAAAAAUUACUAAGUACCAACUAAAGGAAUUUCUCUUGAGGAAAAUCUAAUGAUUGAAAGUAUGCAGCCGGUAGUUUUCUCAAAACCACUAUUUAAUGAAAAUGACUUUGAGUUAGGUUUCAUUUUAGCUAUAAUUAUAGGUGGAUCUACAAAAAUCUUGGCGCUUACUUAUCUACAUUUAACUUGGUCUGCUUCCAGAAAUUCUGCGUUGGUCUAUUUUUUGACCAUUAGAGUUACCAUGAAAGGCAUCAACAUUUCCACUAUUCACGCAUUCAGUAAAAAAAUCUCAUCAAGCCAAAUUUUGCUACUCGUCAACCAUUUUCCUUAAGUCAUUGAUCUCAGUAAUUAAGAUAUUUUUAACAUAAAUUUCCUAAUUAAUUAAAACAAAGGCAAACUAGGAACAUUCAGCGGGUACCAUAAAAUUAACCUUUUUAAGUCACUUAGUUUAUUUUAUCUUUAAUCAAUUUUUAUUAGUAUAAACCUAAAUAAAGUAAAAUAGUGUGUACCCCUGUAUGUGUUAUUUGUUACAAUAAUUUUGUUAUUAACUUAGUAUUAACUAAUAUUAGUAUCAUUAAUUGUUUUGUUCACUUAGUUGUAAAUUAAUAGGGACAUCUUCUGAAAAAAAAAAAAAUGUGUUGUGUUUUAAUUGUUGCAUGAAUGUAUGAUUUUGGCAAGCGUUCCCAAAAUUAACCCGCUUGUUUUGUGCUCUAAAAAUAUUGAAAUCCUCGCCUCUCGUUUUCAAAUAUUAUUUUGUUAACAAUCGCAAUAAGUCAAGUGCAAUUAAUGGAUUUUAAGAUUUUUAGUGUGUUUUUAUUACCUUAUUUUUAGAUGGUAAAUGUGUAAUCCUAUUUAGUUAGCUUUAUGGAACUUAGAUGUCAGAUCUCCCUAAUUACUAUACUAAAACAUAAAUAUGCUAUUCUUGUACUAUUUUAAAAAAAUUUGUCUUAUUUAUUAGGAAUACGAUCAAGAUUUCAUUAUGUCAAGAAAAAAUAUUAUUACAAUAAGUAUACACAUUUAAAUUUGUUUUUUCAGUUCAAUAAGUAUAGUAGAAUCACAAAAAUAUUUAGAUCAAAACUACUCCCAAAAAUAUCUUCCCCACUAGAAGAUAAAGCCAGAAUAUUAUUCAGAAAAUAAUAAAAUGAAAAAUUAUGUAAUAGGUGUGCCUUUGAAUUGUACAAUUUUCUUAUUUGUUCUUGUCUUUCACAUUUCCAAAAAUGAAUAGCUUUGUAGUAAAAUUUAAUGUGUUGCACCCUUGUUAUCUUAACUAUAACCACUGAUCCUUGGAGAUUUCUAAAAGCUUGUUUACAGUAAAUGCAAUGCAAUAAUUUCACUUCGUCCUAUGCAAUCAACUGAUGCAAUUCUCAUUGCAUUGCAUUGAAUUAAAGCAUACAUACAUUGUUUCUGCCAACCUAAAAAUUCCACAAAUAAAAAUCGUUUUAUAUUUUAUGGCUUAUUAAAAGCCUUUUUAUCCAUUUGUAAGAAAUUAUGUAUAGCUUCUCUCAUCCCCACAUUUCCAAAAUUCAUGAGUGGUUACUUAUUUUCUGUCUUUAUUUAGCUGCAAUGGCUUUACCCACCGAUUUUCUAAUGUGGCAUAACUGGCUAGAAAAAUGACUACAUGAAAAUAAAAUGCGCCUUAUCUAAAUGGCACCAGGCAUGAUAUUGCAUGUGCAACCGAUUGGAUGCCUUCUUUAAAUUACAUUGCAUCUAGUGUAAACACCAUUUAAGUUGAAAGGAUUAGCAAUAAGGUAAAUGUGAAAACGAUCUUCUCUAAGCUUUCUUUUUCUUCCAUUUUUUUUUUUUGUAGAAUUAUUACUUAUGUUUUCUUUAAUAAUCCUCAUUUUUUUUUUAUUUUUGUUUGGAUUACUUACAUAGUUGUAAUAUGUCUGUUUUUAUGAAAUUUCACAAAAAUAAGUUAUAAUUUUAAUUUUUUGGUUUUUAUUAUUUUAUUCAGUAUAAUAAUUAGUCCUAAUUUUAGAUUUAUCAAUAAUAACAUUUUGUUGUUUGUUUUUGUUCUGAGGGUGCAUUAUAAAAAUAAUAUUACAUAUCUAAUCGAUCGUUUUAGUUAUAAAUUCUUAUAGAAAAAGCAAUAUCUUCGAAUUAAAUGGGUAGUUCACACAAAUUUUUCCACUUAAUUUAAUAAAGUAGGUAUGUACCUAUAUUAAUCAAAAAAAAAUAUUAUAAUAGGUUGUAUUUUUGUGAAUGUGAAUAAGUGAUAUUUUUGCUUUUAGUGAAAAAAAACUAACAGGAUAUGUAAUUAAAUAUUUGCUUAUAGUGCUGUAAGAGCUAUAAUUUCAAUAAACUAUAAACAGUUUGAAUUACGAUUUUUGUUUUGCACAUUAGGCCGUUUAAAAUAAUUGGCAAAACCUAUAAUUAACUCCAAAGCAGUCAUAAUAAUUAUUGUUUAUCACAUGAUAAUUAAAUAUAAGAAUAUACUUAUAGAAGUUACAAAAAACAUUUAGCAAAUUGGCUUUGGAAGGGAUUUGAAAAGGGGAAAAUGCGAAAGAAUAGCUCCAUGCAGUUGCAAGUUUGUAUGUACAGGGUUAUUGGUUAUAAAUGUCACCCCCCUCUAUCUUUUUUAUUUGACAUUUUAGAAAAAAGUGUCCCAAAUAAAAAAUGUAUGGUUGAAAUUAAAUUUUUUGGAAAACUCACUUUUGCAUAUACAGGGUGUUUCAAAAAAGCUGGUCGUGCUCCAACUUUGUUAUUUUUAAUUGAAUACCCUGUAUAUUAUUCAAUAUUCGGAUUCUACAUCAAAUUCUGAACAGAUUUCAUGUGACAUACCCUAUACCUUAAUUCUACUGUUUUGGAAAUAUUGACAGUUGAAAAUUGACUUUUUUGCAAAUUUGACAGGCUGUAAAACCUAAACGGUUAACCUUUGAGCAAAACCGAUUUUACAUUUUUUUCUAAGAUUUUCACAAGUUAUCAUUUGACACCAACUUUGAAUUUAACCCAAGAAUAAAUUUAAUUGGACUUUUUAAUCAGGCAUUAAAUUCAAAGUUGAUGCCAAAGAAAGUUGGAGCGCGACCAGCUGUUUUGAAACACCCUGUAUAUGCAAAAAUGAGUUUUUCAAAAAAUUUAAUUUCAACAAUAAAUUUUUUAUUUGGGACACUUUUUUCUAAAAUGUUAAAUAAAAAAGAUAGAGGGGGUGACAUUUAUAACCAAUAACCCUGUACAGUCGUGACCAUAAAAAGUGGGACAUCCGUUUUUUCCUAUUGUAAAACGGGCGCACCAGCUAAGUCGGGUGUCCUACUUUUUGUACUCACGACUGUACAUAGCAAGUCAAAAAUUUAAAAAAAAAAACUUCAAUUUCUGGGGCUCAAAAAUAUAAACAAAAUAGGCAAUAGAUGAAAAUAAAAAAUGGCACCGAUUUUGGUCAGGGAGGGGUAUGGUAAACCCCUAGGGCCACCUUCCGCCUUACCCAUGCUCUAAAACCUCGAAUGACAUUGAUUUUUUUAUUUCAAUUUUAAUAAAGUUCUGUCAAAUUUUUACUUCUAGUGGAACGUAAUCACCUAACCAAGUACUUGGAAAAGUACAGAAUUAUCAACGAUAAGCAAUACGGAUUUCGAAAAUAUAGGUCAACUGGCGAUUUACUUACAUACGUCACUCACUUAUGGCAAAAAGCG